GAGCAUCGCUUACUAGAAGGAGAAAGCGAAAACAUCGAAGAAGAGGGGUUUUUGCCGAAACCAAAACAAAAGCGCCAGGGGACUUUUGUGUUUUGUGUGCUUACUGCUUACAGAAAUAUUUUCUUUUCAAAAUAGAACCGUUAAAGACGACCGUUUGAUUCCCGGCUCCCGCCAUGGUUGCUGAGGUCGAGCACCACCAGCCGCCCCAACAGACCUCUCCAACCCACACCGAGAAGACAAAGACCUUGAUCUGUGCCCUUAACAUCAUCUCUCGAAACCUACCUCUCCCUCCCAACCUCUUAGACUCCGUAUCCUCCAUCUACCAUGGCUCCGACGAGCCUGAGAAUGGUGUGCAUCCACAGGAGGAUGGUUCGGAGGAUAGUGAAAUUUCUAAGCGAGGAGAUUUGUUAACUAACUUUGAAGAUGCGCUAUCAAAGCAACGACCAAAUUGCAUGUCAGGAUCCAAGUUGAUGACAUCGAGGAACACCCGAUACGAAAGUCGUUUCCAGCAUCGACUGAGUGAACUUGAAGAGCUGCCUUCAAGUAGAGGGGAGGACUUGCAGACGAAGUGCUUAAUUGAACUCUAUGGGCUAAAGCUAAGGGAGAUGCAAAGCAAGGUUCGUUCUGAAGUAAGUUCAGAGUACUGGCUUCGGUUGAACUGUGCAUAUCCUGACAAGCAAUUGUACGACUGGGGUAUGAUGCGAUUGCGCCGUCCUUUAUAUGGUGUCGGAGAUGCUUUUGCCACAGAAAAUGACGAUCAAUUCAGGAAGAAAAGGGAUGCUGAGAGAUUGUCAAGGUUGAUAGAGGAGGAAAGGAAUCAAAUGGAAACUAGAAAAAGAAGAUUUUUUGCCGAAGUACUUAAUGCAGUUCGUGAAUUUCAAUUGCAAAUUCAAGCUUCUCUCAAACGCCGGAAACAACGGAAUGAUGGGGUCCAGGCAUGGCACGGUAGGCAGAGGCAACGUGCUACACGAGCUGAGAAGCUGAGAUUUCAAGCUCUUAAGGCUGAUGAUCAAGAGGCAUACAUGAGAUUAGUAAAGGAGAGCAAGAAUGAGCGAUUAACCAUGCUUCUUGAAGAAACAAAUAAACUCCUUGUUAAUUUGGGAGCUGCUGUUCAACGUCAGAAAGAUGCUAAACCAUUAGACGGCAUUGAACCCCUGGAAGACACAGAAGAUGAUUUGCCUGAGUUGGAUGUUUCAAAGAAUGGAACCCCUGGAGAUUCAUUUCUUGAUGAAGAGUCGGAGGCCGUGGAUUCUGAUCGCAAUGAUGAAUCUAACGACUUACUUGAAGGUCAAAGACAGUAUAACUCGGCCAUUCAUGCCAUUCAGGAACAGGUAACUGAGCAGCCAUCCAUACUUGAAGGUGGAGAAUUAAGACCAUACCAGUUGGAAGGGCUUCAAUGGAUGCUGUCUUUAUACAAUAACAACCUGAAUGGAAUUUUAGCCGAUGAAAUGGGGUUGGGGAAAACAAUACAAACCAUUUCAUUGAUUGCUUAUCUCACGGAAAAGAAGGGUGUGAGUGGUCCCCACUUGAUAGUGGCUCCGAAGGCUGUACUGCCAAACUGGCAAAUUGAAUUCAAAACCUGGGUUCCCAGUAUUCCAGCAAUUCUUUAUGAUGGUCGAAUGGACGAGAGAAAGGCAAUUAGGGAGGGGUUGUUAUCGGGCGAGCAGAAAUUGAAUGUGCUGAUCACUCAUUAUGAUCUUAUUAUGAGAGAUAAAGCAUUUUUGAAGAAAAUUGACUGGUUCUACAUGAUUGUUGAUGAAGGACAUCGAUUAAAGAAUCACGAAUGUGCUCUUGCGCGGACUCUUCUCACAGGCUAUCAGAUUCAGCGUAGACUUCUGUUGACUGGGACUCCGAUCCAGAAUAAUCUGCAAGAAUUGUGGUCCCUGCUUAAUUUUCUCCUCCCAAACAUUUUUAACUCAGUUCAGAAUUUUGAGGAGUGGUUCAAUGCUCCCUUCGCAGAUCGGGGUGACGUUUCUCUUACAGAUGAAGAACAGUUGCUGAUCAUUCGCCGCUUGCAUCAUGUUAUAAGGCCAUUCAUUUUGAGGAGGAAAAAAAAUGAGGUGGAGAAAUUCCUUCCUGGGAAGUCCCAGGUCAUACUGAAAUGUGAUAUGUCAGCAUGGCAGAAAGUAUAUUAUCAACAAGUUACAGAUGUUGGCAGAGUGGGGCUAGAUACUGGAUCCGGGAAAUCAAAGAGUCUACAGAAUCUGACAAUGCAGCUCAGGAAAUGUUGUAACCACCCAUACCUUUUUGUUGGGGAUUAUAAUAUGUGGCGCAGAGAUGAGAUAUUCAGAGCAUCUGGGAAAUUUGAGCUACUUGAUCGUCUACUUCCAAAACUUCAUAGAGCAGGGCAUAGGGUCCUGCUGUUCUCACAAAUGACUCGUCUCAUGGAUAUUCUUGAAAUUUAUUUGCAGCUUCAUGAGUUUAUGUAUCUUAGGCUUGAUGGCUCGACCAAAACCGCAGAAAGAGGGGUUUUGCUUAGUCAAUUUAAUGCUCCAGACUCUCCAUACUUCAUGUUUCUUCUGAGUACUCGUGCUGGAGGGCUUGGUUUGAACUUACAGACAGCGGACACUGUAAUAAUAUUUGAUAGUGAUUGGAACCCUCAAAUGGACCAACAGGCAGAGGAUCGGGCGCAUCGUAUUGGUCAGAAGAAGGAAGUCAGGGUUUUUGUUUUGGUUAGUGUUGGAUCAAUUGAAGAGGUAAUCUUGGAGCGUGCAAAACAAAAGAAGGGCAUUGAUGCCAAAGUCAUUCAGGCUGGACUUUUCAAUACAACUUCCACAGCUCAGGACAGAAGAGAGAUGUUGGAGGAGAUCAUGCGUAGAGGAACAAGCUCACUUGGUACAAAUGCACCAAGUGAAAGAGAAAUCAAUCGCCUUGCAGCACGAUCAGAAGAGGAGUUUUGGAUGUUUGAGAAAAUGGACGAGGAGAGAAGAAAGAGGGAAAACUACCGAUCUCGUCUCAUGGAGGAGCAAGAGGUGCCCGAAUGGGCCUAUUCUCCUGAUAAUAAAGAAGAUAAGGCCAAAGCUUUCGAGCGUGCUAGCAACAGUGUCUUGGGGAAGCGGAGAAGAAAGGAUGUGGUUUAUGCUGAUACUCUGAGUGAUCUACAGUGGAUGAAGGCUGUGGAAAACGGUGAAGAUGUGUUGAAGGUUUCAAUUAAAGGAAAAAGAAGGGACCAUCCCCCAUCUGAGGGCAAUGAUUCUGCUAGCGAUAACAUUGAAGCUGAAGAAAAGGCGGCAGAAGUGAAGAAAGAAAAUUUGCCAACAACUGAGGAAACAAGUGAAGAUACCUUUGGUUCAACAAUAAAAAAACUGAAGUCAGAUGGGGGAAUUGUUGAAAAACCUGCUAUCAAGGGUGGCCAAGGAAGUGCUUUGAGUGGACCCUUAUUUUCAUGGAGUACACAUAAGAAGAAGAGAUCUAACUAUGUUGCCCAAAGUUCCUCCUCUGAUUCUAGAGGGCAGAAUUCUAUUGGCAGAGCAAAUGGUUGGAUGUGAUGAUACUUAAAAUGUUGAGCAAUGACUCCAUACUAAGUAGUUAUUUUAUUCAUACUGCAUAGAUGUUUCUCUCUAUUCCAUUUAAUGAAUGGAAAUUAGACGGUUUUAAAAUGAUGAAAUAUUGAAUGUUGUACUCUUUUGGAUUGCGUAGACAGCCAAAGCCAGUUACCUAAUUUGUCUGAUUGUACUUUUAGAGAACAUUGGCGUUGCUUUUGUAUGAAAAACUGUAGAAGUUGAAAGCAACCCGGAUUGGUAAUCAUUGAGAAACAUAA